CUUUUGCUUUUGCCAUGUACCCUCUGAUUUUAUCUCUUCCCUUACCCCUUCUGCCCCCUCAGGCUUCCACGGCAGAUGUCAUCCUCUACAACUUCAAAAAUGUCUGUGGAAAAGAUGUGGGAGGAGGUGACCUGCAGUAUCUGCCUGGACCCCAUGGUGGAGCCGAUGAGCAUCGAAUGUGGCCACAGCUUUUGCAAGGAAUGCAUUUCUGAGGUUGGGAAAAAAGGGGGCGGUACAUGUCCCCAGUGCCGCCAACAGUUCCUGCUCCGAAACUUCAGGCCCAAUCGGCAUAUAACCAACAUGGUAGCAAACCUAAAACAAAUAGCCCAGAAUACCAAGAAGGGCAGCCAGGAAGUCCGCUGCAUGAAGCAUGGGGAGACACUGCAUCUGUUCUGUGAGGAAGAUGGGCAGGCCCUUUGCUGGGUGUGUGCCCAGUCUGGGAAACACCGUGACCACACCACGGUCCCUAUUGAAGAGGCUGCUAAGCUAUACCAGGAGAAGCUCCACGUGGCUUUAGAAAAACUGAGAAAAGGGAAAGAGUUGGCCGAGAAGUUGGAAAUGGAUCUUGCAAGGCAAAGAACAGAUUGGAAGGAGAACGUGGACACGCAGAGGUCGAGGAUUCACGCAGAGUUUGUACAUCAGAACAGCUUGCUGGCUCAGGAGGAACAGAGGCAGCUGCAGAGGCUGGAGGAGGAUGAGAGGGAGCACCUGAGACUCCUGGGGAAGAAGGAGCUUGAGCUGGCAGAGAAGAACCAGGCCCUGCAGGAGCUCAUCGCAGAGCUGGAGAGGAGGAGCCGGUGCUCCGAGCUGGAGCUUCUGCAGGAGGUGAGGCUCGUCCUGGAAAGGAGUGAAUCCUGGAACCUGGACACGUCAGAUGUUGCCUCCCCGGACCUGCCAAAUGCAUGCCACGUGCCAGGGCGGAAGAAGAUGCUGAGGACAUGUUGGGUUCAUGUUACUCUGGAUUGCAACACAGCCAACCCAUGGCUCAUCAUCUCAAAGGACCGGAGACAAGUGAAGAUUGGAGACACGCCUAAGAAUGUGCCUGAGAAUAAUGAGAGAUUUAAUAAUUACCCCAUGGUGCUAGGUGCUCAGAAAUUCUGCUCUGGGAAGAUGUACUGGGAGGUAGAUGUGACCAGAAAGGAGGCCUGGGACCUGGGGGUUUGCAGAAAUUCUGCACAGAGGAAGGGGCAGUUUUCACUCAGUCCUGAGAAUGGUUUCUGGACCAUUUGGCUGUGGAAAAAAGAUAGCUAUGAGGCUGGGAGCAGCCCCCACACCACCCUCCACGUGCCGAUGCCUCCAUGCCAAAUUGGGAUCUUUGUGGACUAUGAGGCUGGCAUUGUCUCCUUCUACAACAUAACUGACCAUGGCUCCCUCAUCUACACCUUCUCGGAGUGUGAUUUUGCCGGGCCUCUGCGGCCCUUCUUCGGUGUCGGUUUCAAUGAUGAUGGUGGGAAUGCGGCACCUCUGAAGCUCUGUCCGCUGAAGAUGUGAUGAGCAGGAG